GCUCUUGGCGACACUGGGUAGGCUGUGGUUCUGCUAGCUGCAGAACGCAGACUUCGGCAGGACGCGAUCGAGGUGACAGCUACACUCCUUCCUGAGAGCUUCGGGUCCUCUGGGCGUGCUUUUACUCGUUUCGGUAUCUAGAGCCAGACUGACUUUCAAUUUGCUUUGCCCAUGUGUGUACCAGAAUCAGUGCUGCAUAGUUUGAGCCUGAUAAGAUUGACCUUACUAAAGAGACAUUUAAGUCACAUCUGCCAAGAAGUAUGACUUGAAUGAAACUAACUUGUACAAGUUUUCAAUACUUUUAACCUGAGUUAUCAGCUGUCUGCAGUUAUUUGUAACCUGAGGGGUACACAGCCCCAAAGGGGAAGGUUAAGAACUGCAGAUCUUAGAUGCUCUGAGAACCCACUGCUGUACAGUCAUCCCUAUGAAAAUCAUUCAUGUGCUGGCAGCCCCUAAGGGAGCGUAAACCAGGGACUUUGAUACCAUGCAGCAGAAGAGCCAAUUGUUUCUCCAAGCUUUGAAGUAUAGUAUUCCUCACCUUGGGAAAUGCAUGCAGAAACAGCACUUGAAUCACUGUAACUUCGCUGAUCAUUAUUACAAUAGAAUAAAAUUGAAAAAAUAUCAGCUAACCAAGUGUCUGCAGAAUAAACCCAGGAUCUCAGAGUUAGCAAGAAACAUCCCAAGUCGGAACUUCUCAUGUAAGAAUUUUCUGUCUAGUAAACAGGAAAACGAAAAACCCCUUUCAGAAAACAUGGAUGCGUUUGAAAAAGUGAGAGCAAAAUUAGAAACACAGCCACAAGAAGAAUACGAAAUCAUCAAUGCAGAGAUUAAACAUGGUGGUUUCGUUUAUUAUCAAGAGGGCUGCUGCUUGGUUCGUUCCAAAGAUGAAGAAGCAGACAAUGAUAACUAUGAAGUUUUGUUCAAUUUGGAGGAACUUAAAUUAGAGCAGCCCUUCAUUGACUGUAUCAGAGUUGCUCCUGAUGAAAAAUAUGUAGCUGCCAAGAUAAGAACUGAGGAUUCCGAAUCAUCUACUUGUAUAGUUGUGAAGCUCAGUGAUCAGCCUGUAAUGGAAGCUUCUUUCCCAAAUGUGUCUAGUUUUGAAUGGGUAAAGGAUGAAGAAGACGAAGAUGUUUUAUUCUACACCUUCCAGAGGAACCUUCGCUGUCAUGAUGUAUAUCGAGCCACUUUUGGUGAUAACAAACGUAAUGAACGUUUUUACACAGAAAAAGACCCAAGUUUUUUUGUCUUCCUUUAUCUUACAAAAGACAGUCGUUUUCUCACCAUGAAUAUCAUGAGCAAGACCACUUCUGAGGUGUGGUUGAUAGAUGGCCUGAGCCCUUGGGACCCACCAGUACUUAUCCAGAAGCGAAUCCAUGGGGUCCUUUACUAUGUAGAACAUAGAGAUGAUGAAUUAUACAUUCUCACUAAUGUUGGUGAGCCUACAGAAUUCAAGCUAAUGAGAACAGCAGCCGAUACCCCUGCUAUUAUGAAUUGGGAUUUGUUUUUCACGAUGAAGAGAAAUACCAAAGUUGUAGAUUUGGACAUGUUUAAGGAUCACUGUGUUCUCUUCCUGAAGCAUAGCAAUUUACUUUAUGUUAACGUGAUUGGUCUGGCUGACGAUUCAGUUCGGUCUCUAAAGCUCCCGCCUUGGGCCUGUGGAUUCAUAAUAGAUACAAAUUCAGACCCAAAGAACUGCCCCUUUCAGCUUUGCUCUCCAAUACGUCCCCCGAAAUACUAUACAUAUAAGUUUGCAGAAGGCAAACUGUUUGAGGAAACUGGGCAUGAAGACCCAAUAACAAAGACUAGUCGUGUUUUACGUAUGGAAGCCAAAAGCAAGGAUGGAAAAUUAGUGCCAAUGACUGUUUUCCAUAAAACGGAUUCUGAGGACUUACAGAAGAAACCUCUCCUGGUACAAGUAUAUGGAGCUUAUGGAAUGGAUUUGAAAAUGAAUUUCAGGCCUGAAAGGCGGGUGUUGGUGGACGAUGGCUGGAUAUUAGCAUAUUGUCACGUGCGGGGAGGUGGUGAAUUAGGCCUCCAGUGGCACGCUGAUGGCCGGCUAACUAAAAAACUCAAUGGCCUUGCUGACUUAGAGGCUUGCAUUAAGACGCUUCAUGACCAAGGCUUUUCUCAGCCAAGUCUAACAGCCCUGACUGCUUUCAGUGCUGGAGGGGUGCUUGUGGGAGCAUUGUGUAAUUCUAGUCCAGAACUGCUGAGAGCUGUGACUUUGGAGGCACCUUUCUUGGAUGUUCUCAACACCAUGAUGGACACUACACUUCCUCUGACGUUAGAAGAAUUGGAAGAAUGGGGGAAUCCUUCAUCUGAUGAAAAACACAAGAACUACAUAAAACGUUACUGUCCCUAUCAAAAUAUUAAACCUCAGCAUUAUCCUUCAAUUCACAUCACAGCUUAUGAAAAUGACGAACGUGUACCUCUGAAAGGAAUCGUAAACUAUACGGAGAAACUCAAGGAAGCCAUCGCAGAGCAUGCUAAGGACACCGGGGAAGGCUAUCAAGUCCCCAGUAUUAUUUUAGAUAUUCAGCCUGGAGGCAACCAUGUGAUUGAGGAUUCUCACAAAAAGAUUACAGCCCAAAUUAAAUUUCUGUAUGAGGAACUUGGACUUGACAGCACCAGUGUUUUCGAUAAUCUUAAGAAAUAUCUAAAAUUCUGAAAUGCUGCGUUCAUUGGGAACUGGAAACACACUGAAGUCUUUCAUAGUCAUAUUUCCAAUUAUGUUCACAAAAGUGAGUUUUUUAAGUUAGUAAAUAAUUUUUAAAAAAUUUUAUUCCCCAUCCAAAUUUGGUUUCAUGAACAGCUCACUUGCUUAUACCAGUGUCUCCACUGAGGCACAUGCCCCUUAACCCAGGAAAGUAACUUUCAAACCAUGCUGCGUAGAAGCACAUAGAGAAGGCAGUGAGGGAAGGAAGGACUGCUGACAGCAGAAGUCUCCCCUUUCUCCUUCAGAACAGCUUCGUUUUACUGUGAUUUUCUUUGAACAGUUUACACAUCAA